ACAUAUUGGCAUUAGCUAUCAGGGCUGUAUUUUUUUGCUGUUUUUUAUAUAAAUUUCUUGCGAAUAAUUACUACUGCUAUUUUCUGGACAUAUAAGCCACAUAUUUAUUGGCUUGGUCCAUCUUAACUCAACGUCCAAAAAAAAAAGCCUGAAAUUGCUUGAUUUUUGUAAAUUUUUCAUGCUGGACGGCUGGUAUUGUCGUACAUUGGCCAACGAACAGGCCACGGCCAGUCAACAAAAUGAUCACACCGAUCCGAAUGAGGAAAACGAUGACACUGAGAGCGAUAGCCAAUAUAAUGAUGGAAUUCAGCCAAGAUCUUCUAAUGCGGCGGUCGAUUAUAAAGCCCAAUACCGUUAUCUAAAAAAGAAACUCAAGUUUCUCAUUUACGAGAACGAAUUUUUUCAAGACGCCUUGCGCUCUAACCAGCGCCGCUUGCUGAAAGUAUCCAGAGAUCGUGCAUUUUUAUUGGAUCGUUUACUUCAAUAUGAAAAACCCGAGAAUUCUUCUUCCGAAAGUGAUGAAACGGAGGAAUCUUCUGAAGAUGAUAUCACAAAAGAAACAAAAAGGAGAAAAUUGGAACCAAACGCGAACGGCACAACCGUUGGCUCUACUAGAGGACGAAAAAAGAAAGUUGUUCUACCGCCUACUAAUAACGAUGUGAAUAUUGAAAAAUCUACCGCUGCUUCUCAACAGUCAGACGAGCCGCUGCCACAACGACAACAACUCAUUACAACGCAACAUAUAAGUUCAAGCGAACUUGAGCGACAGUUAUCCAAACGUCCUAUAAUGGAUAUGAUACCAGAGAGAGCACCAGCUACAGUACCUGUUGAAAUGUUUAGUAAUGAACCCUCGUUAGAUAGUGAACCCAAUGAGCAACUAAUUGAUGGAGGAUCGCCUACUCAUGUAGCAGCUGAAGAAUGUGUGCCCAUGGAAUACAGUAAUUAA